AUGAGCUCGGGCGUCCCCAGGUUCGCAAGCUUCCGCCCACAGGCGAAGCCGCCCGAACAACCGCCCCCGGAAGAACCUCGGCGUGACGAGAAGAGGCGCAAGCCAUGGACGGAGAGGAGGCGCGGUGAAGGAAAAUCGCCGCCAAGAGGACAUGGAGAGCACCACCGAGACGAUUCCUCCAAGAAGCCCUACUUUAGCGACCGCCGAGGGGAUCUGGACAUUGGCAGAUACCAAACACUGAACCGCUAUGACGUCCCCGCCUACAGACGCACCGGCCAUGGCAAUGUCUUGGGCCUGCCGGACCAGAAGAUCGACCGCGAGUCCUCGACGGACAAGAGCAUCUGGCUGACGCCGCUCGUGCGCCCGCGGCAAAAGCGCAUGCUGACAGACAAGCACGCUGCAAGAGAGGGCAGGCGUACGCUGCGCCUGAUCAAGACGGCCGAAAGCCACCAGACCGAUGCUGCACGUGACUUCAUCGCCCUCUCUAGUACUAGAAAUAAAAGUAGAAAACAAAGUCCUGGACAUGACAGCGACGAGGGCGCCAAUGCUGCGCCCGACGUAGACUACCGUGGGAUCGAUGAGAAGCGCGACGCUGACAAAGUCGAGCCUGGCAAAGUCGAGCCUGGCAAAGUCGACGACCCAGACACGUAUUACGAGUCCGAUACCGAGGCCGCGAAUGCACACUCCCAAGUCACGCAGAGGAACUCCAGGCUGAUCCGCGAGACGCGCGCCGACCCAUCGAAUCUUCAAGCUUGGCUGGACCUGAUUGAACACCAGGAAGCCAUGAUGAAGCUGGACCGAGCCAUCUCCGAGCUCUCAGCCGCUGAUCAGCGCAACCUAGCUGAUGUGCGCAUCUCGACAUACGAAGAAGCCCUGCGUAGGAUCGGUAACGACGGACCGAGCCAGAUUGAGCUCCAGGUCGGUCUGCUGCGCGAAGCCCGCCGGCACUGGGAUGCUGCAAAGGUGGCAGCCAGGUGGCGGGAGGUGCUUGGCAAGCACCCCCGUAGCGUCGAGCUGUGGUUUGCUCAUCUCGACUUUGUGCAGUCGACUUUUUCGAGGUUCAAGUACGACGAUUGCCGUGCAGCGUUCCUGCAAGCCCUGCACGCACUGCAGUCGACAGAUUCUGCCGAUGCUGCGCCCACGCCAUCCAGACUGCAUCUUCCGCUGCAUCUCUUUGUGCGCCUGACGGCCCUGAUCCAGGAAGCUGGCUACCAGGAACUCGCCUUGGCAGCGUGGCAGGCUGUGCUGGAGUACAAUCUCCUGGCUCCGCAGCAUCCUACCGCAGACAAGACACAACGAUUUGAAGAAUUCUGGGAAAGCGAAGCACCGCGCAUUGGCGAGUCAGGCAGCAAAGGCUGGAGGCAUACUUUGAUCGACGAUGCAGUACCGCCGCCGUGCUCGAUCAUCUUGGAAGGGGCUGGAGGUCCAGUCACUACCACCGAAGACUUUCGAAGACGCGAAAAGGAAUACAUGACGAAGCUACGCUACCCCGGCCGCUCGACGGAUCAUGUGGCUGAAGACGACCCGUUUCACACCAUCUUCUUCUCCGAUCUGAGAGACGUCGUUGCGAACGUUCCCAGUGCUCCAGCUGACAUGCAAAUCGAUGCCUUCCUCUGCUUCUGUGGACUCCCGCCACUAGCUGCGCUCGACACAACGAGACCCUGGUGGGAAGACCCCUAUCUACAGAGCAGCAGGAUCGAUACCAAAUGCUCCGCCGAGCCGGACUCGGAAACUCCGCGGUUCUCAGAGGCGCUGUCGAAGUACUCUCAAAGUCCCAUCACCAGCUUCCAGAUGACGAGCGACCUCCUGGUCCGGCAGACCUUCUCACUGGAAAGCUCACGACUCGAUCCUGGCUUUGUCAGGAGCGUUCUGAGGCUCCUAGCAACGAACAUGCCAGACAGCGAAUUCGUUGGCGAGUACCUCCUGGCCUUUGAAAGCAAGCACUUCCCCUCAGACGUGGCCAAGUCCGCAAAACGCCUGCUCAAAGCCAACCCCACAAGCGUCCGACUCUACAACAUGUACGGGCUGGUGGAGAACCACCUAGGCAACACUGCCAAAGCCGAGCAAGUCUUCGCCGCCGCACUCGACAUCAAAAGUAGCCCAGCAGACCGUCUACGGCUUCUGAGCAGCUAUGUCUGGCAAGCGUUGCGCAUGGGCAACAACGCCGAGGCACUACGUCGACUGCUUCUUUGCAGCGACCCGCCACCGGCAGCCAAACCCCAACCUGAAUCAGCUUCAAUCGAGUCGGCACGCUCUGCGCUACAGAUGUCACUCGAAACAGCGCUUCUCAACCACGACCUCCCCCGCGCCAUCCUAAGCACCGCCCUCCUCAGUCUCCUGGCCUACCUCACCGCACCCCUCAACACCUCCAGCGCGCUCCAAGUCCACACCAACCUUACGGCCUGGCUAACCUCGCACCGCCUCGGCACCUCCCCGCACGCAGAACAGCACGCCCAGACCCUCACGCACCUCCUCGCCCACCACGCCACGCACACCCCCGUCGUCAAGCCCAGCCUAAUCCGCGACGCGCUCGCCCCCCUCCUCGCCGCCUUCCCAUCAAACACAAUCCUCCUCUCCACCUACGCUGCAAACGAAUCCCGCUUCGCCAUCGACGACCGCGUGCGCGGCACCAUGCAUCGCGCGCUGAACCUGACCCGCGCAUCGAGCGCGGCGACGUGGGCGUUUGCGCUCCGCCACGAGGCGCUCAAGGGCGCCGUCGCAGGCUCGACGAGCCACUCGGUGCGCAGUCUGUUCCAGCGCGCUACGCGUCUCGACGCUGCUGGCGCGCACUGCGCCGCGCUGUGGGACAUGUACGUGGCCUUUGAGAUGGCGCUGCUGCGGCGCGAGACCGAGGCUCAGAGCCGGAUGGCGAGGAGUGCGCGUCGAGACGCCGCGAGCGCGAGCGAGGCGCGGGUCCGCGCGCAGGCCGACCGGGUGCGGCAGGUGGCGUAUGCGGGCCUGGCGGUGCUGCCGUGGAGCAAGGAGUUUGUUGUGCGCGCGUUUUUUGCCGAUACGGCGGCGCUGUUCGGCGCAGAUGAGGCCGCUCGUUUGCAUGGCGUCAUGGCUGAGAAGGAGCUCCGGCUGUACGUUGAGCUGGACGAGUCGUGGUCGUGA